ACAACUGUCAAUAAUUUUUCUGACGACAACUAGACGCAUGGCAGCAUGAUGGCAGCUGAUAAUGCCAAUCCAGUUGUGUUUGAGGUCGCUAAACAAAGACCUGUUACAGUAGAAGAAGAGAAAGAUGACGUGUAUGAUGAAAUAGAUGCGAGAGAAGUGUUUGAUUUGAUAAGACAUAUUAAUGAUCCAGAACAUCCACUGACAUUGGAAGAAUUAAAUGUUGUUCAAGAAGAUUUAAUAUGCAUCAACAAUAAGGAAAAUUUUGUAUCCGUACACUUUACACCAACUAUACCACAUUGUAGCAUGGCUACACUCAUUGGCUUGUCUAUCAGAGUAUGUCUUCUUAGGUCAUUACCUAAUCGGUUUAAAAUUGAUGUCAUUAUUACUCCUGGUUCUCAUAUGUCAGAACAAGCUAUUAACAAGCAGCUAGCUGAUAAAGAGAGGAUAGCAGCAGCAAUUGAAAAUAGUCAUUUACUUAAUGUUGUGCAUCAAUGUUUAAAUACUAAAAGAAAACAGUGACUGAACUGGAAUUUUUUAAUAAACUAGAUCUACUAUGUAUUAACUAUAAUAACACGAAUUAAUAUUAAUUUGAGUUUGUCAGUUUGAGUUUGUGAAACAAAA